ACCAUCAUAAACUAGUGAGAGAAAAUUUGAGUGAUUGAUUUAUCUAUCUAUCAAUGUCUAUAAUUGUAGUAAUACCACGUAGAAAAUAGUACAAACUCAAACUCAAACUCAACUUCACAUCUUCAUCACUUUCUCUCUCCUCAUUCUUCUCUACAUUGUCAGGUGUGCCGAAUUUUAUGCCGCGAAAUUUUCCCCGCCAUUGACGAUGAAUCUACGAAUUCGAUUGCGAGUAUGAAGGUCGUGAUGUGGAGGAGGAGAGAGAAAAUUGGGGAAAAUUUUGGUGUUUGUGUUUUUUCUGUUUUUACAGACUGUCAGGAAAAUCUUCUGCUGCAUUCUUCCAUAACUUGCCAAAAUUCUACGGCCCCCAGGAUGAUGGGGGUGUUAAAAAGGAAUGCUGGCCCAUGUGUUGCUCUUGUAGACAACAAUUAAUCUCAGAACCAUAUGCUAUUAUUUUUUUUAAUGUGGGGAUGUGGAAGAAAGGAGAAGUAAAGUAGUUGUGCCUUGUGGAGUUGUGGGAGGUGAUAAUUGAGGGAUCACUUUGGACUUAAGUUCAUGCAUAUUGUCUUGAUCUUCUAGAUUUGUUGUGUUACGGAGGUUUUUUUUUGUUUGUGGGCGAAUAGUGAAGGAAGUUGAAGAUGGGUAGUGUUGAUGGGGAGGAAGCAAUGCAGGGGUCGAGUAAUCGGGAGGAUGAGAGGAUUUUGGUCUCGGUUCGUUUGCGGCCAUUGAAUGAGAAGGAAGCAUCAAGGAAGGAGGCAAUUGAUUGGGAAUGCGUUGAUGACACCACUAUCAUAUACAAAAAUAACUCAUCAAAUUCUUUUACAUUUGACAGGGUGUUUAGGAGUGAUUGCUCCACAAGGCAGGUGUAUGAGGACGGAGCCAAAGCGGUAGUUCUUUCUGUCGUUAGUGGCAUCAACUCCAGUGUUUUUGCAUAUGGGCAAACAAGCAGUGGGAAAACAUUUACCAUGUCUGGAAUAACAGAGUAUACUAUGGAGGACAUAUUUGACUACAUACAGAAGCACAAAGAAAGGAAUUUUCACCUCAAGUUCUCUGCCAUGGAGAUCUACAAUGAGUCAGUAAGGGACCUCCUGACAUCAGAUAACAGUCCCCUUCGACUUUUAGAUGACCCAGAGAGGGGUACUGUAGUUGAGAAACUUAUGGAGGAGACUCUUCGUGAUUGGACCCAUUUCAAGGAACUUCUAGCUGUCUGUGAAGCACAAAGGCAGAUAGGAGAGACUCUUCUUAAUGAAGCAAGCUCACGAUCUCACCAAAUUCUUAGAUUGACAAUUGAGAGUACUGCACGUGAGUUCAUAGGCAAGAAUAAUUGUAGCACCCUUGCAGCUACUUUGAAUUUUAUUGAUCUUGCAGGAAGUGAGCGUGCAUCACAGACAUUAUCGGCUGGAUCAAGGUUAAAGGAAGGGUCACAUAUAAAUCGUAGUUUGUUGACAUUGGGAACAGUGAUUCGCAAACUGAGCAAGGGACAAACUGGUCAUAUUCCUUACCGAGAUUCUAAGCUCACACGCAUACUGCAAUCCUCUCUGGGAGGCAAUGCUAAAACUGCCGUUAUUUGUACGCUGAGUCCUGCACGAAGUUAUGUCGAACAAUCAAGGAACACACUCCUUUUUGCAAGUUGUGCCAAGGAAGUUACUACUAAUGCACGUGUCAAUGUUUUCAUGUCUGACAAGGCCUUAGUCAAGCACUUGCAAAAGGAAUUGGCGAGACUCGAGAUUGAGUUGAGGAGUGCAAACCCUUCCAUGAGAUCUGAUCCUAAUUACGUGUUAAGAGAAAAGGACUUCAAAAUAGAUGAGCUGGAGAGAAGGGUAAAUGAGCUGACGCUGCAGCUGGAUCUUGCUCUAUCCCAAAUUCACAACUUGCAACAGGGCGCUGAAGAACAAAGACAAGUUGUAUGGGAGGAAGAUUCUUCAUACCCUAGUUUGCAUGUUCGACAGGCCUCAGAAAGUUCCUGUUCAGAUACAACCACUGUGGUUGAUCACCAUUCCUUCAGUGCUCAAUCUCCGACAUCUGAAACCCUUUUGUCUCCUGAUAGACACAGCAGACUUAGCUAUGACGAAAACUACUCAAAUUCCGACUUCGAAGAAAAUCCUCCUCCGAGUAGCCCGCUUCGCCAAAUGUUCCUUGAGACACCAAGUGAUGCCUCCCCACCCAUGCACAUACAGACUCCUGUUACAGAAAAUGACAUUCCUCGAGUACCUAAAGGAUGUAAAGAACAAAAAACUGACCUCUCAGAAGCUGGUCAUUGCAUAGUAUUCGAGGAAACAGGGGGACAAACUCCGAACUCCUUUGAAAAUGAUCUGCGUCACAUGUCAGAGGAAAUUGGAGAGGAAAUCUCUGAUACCUUUGAAAUCCAUCUCCAGCAGGGUUCUGAUGAGUAUGGAUCUCAAUCUCCUUGCUUUGUCGAACAUGAUCCAUACCAAGUUUCUGAUGAAUCUGGAGAGCAAACAGUCAACUGCGAUGAAGUUGAUCAGUGCCAUGUUUCUGAGGGAAUUACAGAGACAACAUCCAACUGUGAUGACAUUGAUCCACAACGAACUCCUGAAGCAGCUAAAGAACUAACUGAUGAAAACUUGGAAGAUUACUGCAAGGAAGUUCGAUGCAUAGAAUCUGAAAAUUUACAAGCUUAUUUAUUGCCAGCUGAAGAGGAAAGAAAAUCAUUAUUUCUAAUGGGUUGCGGUAAUGAUAGGUGCACAUAUGAAGAACCAAAACAAGACAGUGAAUCGGGUAAUAUGAACUUGUCUUCUUGUGAGGAUCAAGAAGAGCCACUUAACAGGCACCUACUAGAUGAUAUCCCCGAAAUUCAGAAGUUGAAUUGUCUAGAGAAUAGUUCUCAAUCAAUUAAUGCAAGUACUGCAUCUCCAUCAUUCCCAGAAGAGGUGAAGUAUGAGAUAAAAUGUGAGAAUGAAGGUGGAGAGCAUGAUAUCAGACUCCAGGAUUUUCACGAGGGGGUCUCUGUACUAAAGAAUGAUUCUGACAAUGGGGUUCCACUGAUUUCUACUGGAGAUGUGGGGCUUGACGAAGCUCAUGGUGCAGCUAAGGUUUUUAACCACGUGAAUAACACUGUGCCCUUUACUUUUCUUUCGGUUAAAAAGGAUAUCAUCAAGGCUAAGUCCAUGGAUCAACUUCAACUUCGAAAUUUUCAGGUGGAGGAUACACAUAGGAAGGCCUAUAAUUCUAUGAAGAACAUGAAAGACGUUGGCUUGAAUCCUCAACAUGAUUUGGAUGAUGGUUUCCCUUGUACUGCAGAUGUUAAGAGACUACAGAGGGAGAUAAUUGAGCUCUGGGAUGCCUGCAACACUUCAUUGGUACACAGAACCUACUUUUACCUUCUCUUCAUCAAGGAUGACCAGGCAGACACAAUUUACAUGGAAGUAGAACGCAGAAGACUUUCGUACAUAAAGGAUGCAUUUUCUUGGGGCAGUUCAAUUGUCUUAGAUGGUCGCCAACUGACACCUGGUUCAAGUAAACGGUCUCUCCACAAUGAGAGGGAAAUGUUGAGCAAGCUAAUGAAGCGAAGAUACUCAAGCCAAGAGAGGUCGAAUCUGUAUGUGAGAUGGGGUAUCAAUUUGGAUAGCAAAAAACGGAGUUCACAACUUGUUCAUCGCAUUUGGGUCGACACCAUAGAUAUGGAUCGCAUCAUGGAUAGUGCCAACAUUGUUGCUAAACUAGUUCGGUUCAGCGAGCCCCAAGUUCCUAAGGAGGUUUUUGGACUCAACAUGACGACAACCCAAGGACGGAGGAAAUCAUUUGGUGGAAGCAACAUCCUAGCCGUCUCAUGUAACAACACUUCUUCGAAGUCUAACACUGAGCUAUUGUUGUAGCUAAUUGUAAAUCGUGAUUAGCACCUCAUAUAUAUUGGUGUUUAGAUAAUGAUAAACUUUUGUAAAAUUUUCCCGGAGGUUCUAGUAUUCAGAUCUCGAUGAAUAUCAGGAUAUGCUUCAAUAGAUAUACACUCCAAAGAUGAGAUACGAGAACUAUUGAAAUCAGGGCCGUCUUGGAAACUUUGAGGCCCCAGUUCUAAAAUGAAAAUUGGGCCCCAAUAUCAAUAAAUUAAAGACGAAAUAGUUCGAAAGUUAAAGGUGAAAGUUCAAAUAUUAAUGAUAAAUCGUUAAAUUUUUCUGAUUAAGAGUGAAAAAUAAUGGUGAUUUGCUUUAAUAUGAACUAAAAUUAUUGUAAUAAUUA